AUGAGAGAGCGCAUUACCAUCCUCAACCCGUCGUCAAGCCACGACGGAGUGGUCGAGGAGGUCACCGACGACCUGGUGACGCUCAAUGUGAAGCCCGAUUUCUUGAUCGAGACGCGAACCACCGCCGAGUACCCGGAGUUCGACACCAUCCAGCAAUUGCGGAUCCACAUGAUCGAGGACGUCGACCUCGGCAAAUAUAAUGUCUUCAGCUACAAUUACCUCACGGGGGUGUCGAUCUACGCCCAGCCUAAGCCCGGCGCCUCUCCCGACGAGUUUUACGACGAGCUCGAGCAUGUGCUUGAAGAUAUCGAGGGGGUGGCCGUCAAUCGCCACCAGUGGAUCCACACGCCGCAAGCGGUGUACUUCCACGACGUGCUUGACUCGCCACAACCAGGGAGAACCCCCGUGCUCGAUACCUAUUACGCCCAGGGGGUGAAAGUGACCAAGACAGUGGAGACGGCCAAAUCGCGCCACCUCCACUUCUUCAAGAAAGUCGACCACUAUACUGAAAUUGGCCUUUUCCUCGUCGACGAAACCAUAUCCUCUCGCGACGACGUCGUGCUCUCGGGGCUCCGGUGGGUGUUUGACCCCGAGUAUCCUGAAGACCCGCGAGACUUGCACGAGACACUUUUCCACAUUAAGCCCCGCCAUCGAGUAUUAGCCAACAGCGAUGCCGCCACCAAGAUUGUACCUAACGGGCUCCACCCCAUUGUCAAGACUGAGUUCCACGUGGCUCAGUUACCGAAAGAUGACGACCUCAAACAGUGUCGUCUCUAUUACUACGCUCACUUGACUCGCCACUUCAUUUUCGACAAGUACCAGCUGGUACCGUCGCAGGCGUCGCUUGUGGCCACUCACGGCGAAACGAACCUUGAGUUACCGGAAUAUGCCGUCACCCAGGGCGCCGAGAUCAUGUUUGAGUUCCCGCUCAAUUAUACCGGUCCCAUUGAAUUGACGUUGCACCUGCGGUACCAGAAACCCGACCCCAAAGCCGCUGACGGCGUCGUAGAGCAGCUUGUGGUACCUCCCAAGUUGUUCUACGCUUGCGACGUCGACGACGACCACCUUUUGGCGAAGCUGCCGUUGGACAAUAAGCGCCAGAUCGGCGGCAACUACGAGGGGUACUUUUCGGAAGAUACCGUGUUUUACCAUUUUGCUGACGAAAAUAGCGGCGGCCCUGUCGCCGUAGCCAUACCCGUCGCUCACGGCAGCUACCAGCGGGUGCAGUGGCUCACUCAGGGCGCCCUUGUGGUGGGGACGCUUAUGAUAUUGACGGCGCUUGUAGCACGGGUGUUCCGCUGGCUGAGAACGCCCAAACCGAAGCAGGAGUAG